AUGCCUAAAGUAAAGAGUGGGGCUUCAAAGCGCGUGACGUCCCGUCAGCGUCACAAGGUAGAGCGGAAGAAAAGGGAACAUAAACGUGAUCUACGUAAGGCAGCCAAAGCAAUGAAAAAAUCUGGACUGGGCCCGAAAAGGACGAAAAGGACUAGAGAGCUGGCGAGGUUGGCACUGAAAGUCUCAAAUGCUCAUCCUGACAAAGAAAGCAUACUUCGACGAGUGCUUCAGGUCCGUGAGGAGGCCCGCGUCGAGCGGGGGAGACAGAAGGGCAAAAAUAAAGAAGACAGUGAUCAUGAAGCUGCUAAAAAUGUUGGGAAGUCGACCAAGGUAAAAGAGGGUAAGAAGUGCUUUACAUUCAUACCCGUUUCUGAAUCCAAUAACUUUUCUUAUCAAUUUAACAGAACCUUGAUGGAAUUGGUUUUCCCUACCUCCGAAACGUCUACCGAGGUACCUUCUGUCGCCUACGUGGUGACCCUCGACGCUCGAUGUGCAGUCCAGUGCUUACCGUGGGGGCUUCUUGACGCUAUCGUGCGCGAGGGCAAUGCGUACAGGAACGCUGGGGGAAAAAGGAAGAUACUGGUUCUAUUCGCUCUCACCAAAUGUGAUCUUGUGUCGGUUCAUGCGUUGAUCAGUCAGAUUUCUUUGUUGGCGCAUGUGUUGUCCGAGCAAUACAUCGGUGUCAGUGACGGAGACGAUGAUUUGAAUAUUGGUGACAGCAUUUAUUUUACGUUCUGCCUGGUUUCGAAUCGGUUUGAAAAAACCGUUCACCAUCUGAGUACCCUUUUGAAACGGUUUCGUGCAAGCAAUGGGUGCUCGAAGUAUAAUAAUAAGAGCAAUCUCAAUGGAAAGAUCUGUUGCUUCGUUAUUGGUCUUCCAAACACGGGUCGGCGAACUUUGUGUCGCAUGCUUUUUCAACACGACGACUCCAACACAAGUAUCGUCCCAGUAUCCGCUGCUCAGUUGCAGGUUGUAAAUGGCCCCACUAAUGAGUCGUGUGAGGGUCAUGUGAAGUUUGCCUUUCCGAAUGCAAAGGAAGUUACGGUGCUACAAUUUCCGGAGGAUGCCACUUUAAAGCGAGAACUAUUCAAUCUUUGCGGAAGUGAGGUUAUAUUUAAGCCUCAGACCUUUAUUGAGAGCUUGGCUGACCCCGAGGUUGUUGGUCACGUGCUUUACGAAGCCGUAAUGAACAAGGAUGACCUGGCUCAGGGGUUCUGUCAACCUAAUGAAUGCAACAGCGACACUACAAGUGAACGGAAGGAAUUCUAUGCUGCCAGACGCUUUUUUACACGACUGGGACAAACAGUGCGGAGGGAGAAGGGGUUUUACGUAUCUCCAUCACUUGUUUCUAACGCGGGAACGAUGAGCAGAAUGUGCAGCAGCUCCUUGACGGCUUCUACGACCUUCACCUCUUGUCAGCAGAGCACACAGAAUGCCCCUCCUGACGCAUCAUACAGUAAUGCAACCCCUAACAGACUUGUAAGAAUUUCCUCCGUUGUUUCCAGAAGAAAUGGGAAGAGGGGAUGUACAACUCCUAUGAAGCGCGCUGAUUAUCGCAACGUGUUGAAACUGGGGGCACGCACGUUUAUCCGUGAAAUCCACCAUGGAAGGAAUGUCCCGUGGGCAGUGAUGCGCUCUCCGUUGAAGGAUUGCCUGACAUUGUCGGAUGUGGAGCGCGCCUCCACUAUUUUUAACCUUUCCCUGUGCCUUGGUAAGGCUGUCGGCUCCGCCGAGGAUGCGAAAAGCCCUUCUGAGCAUCUCACCGCGCUGCUGGAUCACGUUGCCUCCCAGAUGAAGCAGUAUCUGGUGUUGCUGCCGAACAGCGUUGUCGAAUUUAGUCCCAGUUCUAUUGUGGCUCCUAUCCAUAAAUUGGGUUUCACUCGAGAGAACGAGGGAGGAUCAAAUGGUUGUGGGGAUGAGGACGAAGAAAUUGAGGAUUAUUGUGAAGGUGAGGAAGAGUGUGAGGAUGACGAUGAACAAGAUGAAGGGGAUGAUGAAGAAAAUGAAGACGAGUCGGAGGAGGGAGAGGAUGAUCGAUCUUGUUGA